AUGAGUGCAUUGUGGCUGUUAGCUCGUUAUAGGAGUGAUGCUUUUGAUGUUAGGGUGGAUGACACUGAUAAGACUAAUUUGAUGGAGUUAUUUGAGUACAUGUUAGAGGAAUCAGUUAAGCACAAUGUUUACCUUCCUAAAUCAUUCACCAUGGUUGUUAAUAAACCUAGAACUAACCGUAGGCUAGAGUUGGUGGAUGAUGGGGCUAUGUUGAAAAUGUGGGAAUGGAAUGAAGGGAAAGAGGAGAUUGAGUCUGAUGAAGCUAAUUUGGCAAAAAGGUUACAAGAAAAGGCUGAUAGGUUUAGGAGAGAGGCAGAGAAAGAAGAAGCUGAGAGACAACUUAGAGAACAGGAGCAAUUCACUGUAGCUGUAGAAGUUCCUGUAUUGGAUGUAGAGGAAAGUAGGGUUAAUUAUGUUAGAAUCUUUAACACUCCAGCCUCUGAUGAGAUCUUCCCUGGAGCAUCACAACCUGAGCCAUCACAAAAAGAAUUACCCCCACAUAAACAGCCUACACCAACACCAAUUGAAAAAACCAAAGAACCUACUCCAACUCCAACAAAAAAAACUCCUAAGAGAAAUAAAGUGACACCUAGGAAGAAAAAGAACAAGUCUACCCAGCCUCCACAACAACCUUCUUCACCUAGGGAUCCUACACCACCACCUACAAAUCCUGACCAAGAACAAUAUCAACCACCAACACCAACCCCUAUUCACUCACCAAAUAACCUUAUACCAAAUCCACCAAGCACUCCAGUUAGACAUCCUAAACCACCAAUACCUUCUCCAACCAGGGAACCUACCCCACCAAUACCUUCUCCAACCAGGGAACCUACCCCAUCUCAUCAACCUUCAGUUCAACCCAGGGAACCUACCCCAUCUCAUCAACCUUCACAUCCACCCAGGACUGAUGGAAUUGCCAUCCCUACUGAUGGGAGUGGGUCAAGCAAAGGCCAUACAAGAAUUAAACCAAGUGAGUGGAGGGUGCCUAGGAGUACAACCAAUAAGUAUGGUACAUUUGUAGGGAAAAAGAAAGGGGGGAGUGGUGCUGGAUCAGGGAGGGUGGUGGGUACUAGGAAUAAGAAACCGGUGACUGUUUGUGAGAGUGAUGAAUCUUCUGAUAGGAUGGGUUCAGAAGAUAGUGAAGAUGAGGAUUAUGUGGCAUCAGACACAGAAGAUGAAGUGGAUAUGCAAUUGGACCAUGAUGAUGAAUUCAUUGUGGAAGAGGAAGACCUUGCUGAUAAUAUUCCAGCCAAGACAUUUGAGGAUUAUCUUGAUGGCAGCCAUAGCAAAAAACAGUUCCUUGAGGUGUUUAGGGACUAUUGUAUACAAGAGGGCUUUGCUGUCUCAGUUGACUAUGCUGACAGUCAAAGAUACACAACAAGUUGUCUGAUUAAUACCUGUACAUGGAGGAUUCAUGCCUCAGUUCUGACUGAUAAAGUCAGUUGGGCUAUCAAGAAGCUAGAAGAGGAGCACACCACUUGUGGGAGGCUUGAAGAAAAUCCCAUGGUGUCAUCAGCAUGGCUAUGA